CACAUACAUCCUAAAAGCACCACAGCAGAGGAGGCCCAGGCACUGCCAGGAGUCAAGGUUCCCAGGAGACAAACCUCCUAGAAAGACAGGCGACCUGUGAGGCCCUAGAGCACACCAUAAGAGAAGAAGAGCUGUAAGCCGGCCUUUGGCAGAGCCAUCAUGGGGGACAAGCAGAUGCCUGCUGCUGGGAUGCCGAGUCUUCUCCAGAGUUCCGCUGAGAGUCGUCAGAGUCGUCCUGAGGGGAAGGACUCCCCGAGUCUUCUCCAGAGUCCUCCUGAGGGGAAGGACUCCCAGUCUCCUCUCCAGAUUCCUCAGAGUCCUCCUGAGGGCGACGACUCUCAGUCUCCUCUCCAGAAUCCUGAGAGUCCUCCUGAGGGGGAGGACUCCCUGUCUCCUCUCCAGAUUUCUCAGAGCCCUCCUGAGGGUGAGGACAUCCAGUCUCCUCUCCAGAAUCCUGCGAGCUCCUUUUUCUCCUCCACUUUAUUGAGUCUAUUCCAGAGUUCCCCUGAGAGUACUCAAAGUCCUUUUGAGGGUUUUCCCCAGUCUCCUCUCCAGAUUCCUGUGAGCCCUUCCUUCCCCUCCACUUUACUGAGUCUUUUCCAGAGUUCCCCUGAGAGUUCUCAAAGUACUUUUGAGGGUUUUGUUCAGUCUCCUCUCCAGAAUCCUCAGAGUCCUCCUGAUGGAGACAACUCCCAGUCUCCUCUCCACAGUCCUCAGAGUCCUCCUGAUGGGGAGGACUCCCUGUCUCCUCUCCUAUUUCCUCAUAGGCCUCCUCAGGGGGAGGACUUCCAGUCUUCUCUCCAGAGUCCUGUGAGCAUCUGCUCCUCCUCCACUUCACUGAGUCUUCCCCAGAGUUUCCCUGAGAGUCCUCAGAGUCCUCUUGAGGGUCCUGCGCAGUCUCCUCUCUAUAGUCCUCAGAGCCUUCCUGAGGGGACGGACUCCCAGUCUCCUCUCCAGAGACCUCAGAGUCCUCCUGAGGGGGAGGAUUCCCUGUCUCCUCUCUACAUUCGUCCUCCUGAAGGGGAGGACUCCCUGUCUUCUCUCCAGUUUCCUCAUAGUCCUCCUGUGAGGGAGGCCUCCCUGUCUCCUCUCCAGAUUCAUCCGUGUACUACUGACGGGAAAGAUCCCCAGUCUCCUCUCCAGACUCCUCAGAGUCCUCCUGAGUGGGAGGUCUCCUUGUCUCCUCUCCGCUUUCCUCACAGUCCUCCACAGGGGGAGGACUUCCAGUCUUCUCUCCAGAGUCCUGUGAGCAUCUGCUCCUCCUCCACUUCAUUGAGUCUUCCCCAGAGUUUCCCUGAGAGUCCUCAGAGUCCUCCUGAGGGGCCUGCCCAGUCUCCUCUCUAUAUUCCUCAGAGCCUUCCUGAGGGGACGGACUCCCAGUCUCCUCUCCAGAGACCUCAGAGUCCUCCUGAGGGAGAGGUUUCCCUGUCUCCUCUCUACAUUCCUCAGAGUCCUCCUGAAGGGGAGGACUCCCUGUCUUCUCUCCAGUUUCCUCAUAGUCCUCCUGUGAGAGAGGCCUCCCUGUCUCCUCUCCAGAUUCCUCCGUGUCCUACUGACAGGAAGGAUCCCCAGUCUCCUCUCCAGACUCCUCAGAGUCCUCCUGAGUGGCAGGACGUCCAGUCUCCUCUUCAGAAUCCUGCGAGCUCCUCCAUCUCCUCCACUUUAUUGAGUGUUUUCCAGAGUUCCCCUGAGAGUACUCAAAGUACUUUUGAGGGUUUUCCCCAGUCUCCUCUCCAGAUUCCUGUGAGCUCCUCCUUCCCCUCCACUUUACUGAGUCUUUUCCAGAGUUCCCCUGAGAGUUCUCAAAGUACUUUUGAGGGUUUUCCCCAGUCUCCUCUCCAGAUUCCUCAGAGCCCUACUGAGGGUGACAACUCCCAGUCUCUUUUCCAUAGUCCUCAGAGUCCUCCUGAGGGGGAGGACGCCUUGUCUCCUCUCCAGAUUCCUCAGAGUCGUCCUGAGUCAGAGGACUCUCUGUCUCCUCUCCAGACUCAUAUGUGUCCUCCUGAUGGGGAGGACUUCCAGUCUCCUUUCCAGAUUCCUGCUGAGUGGGACAACUCGCUGUCUCCUCUCCACUUUCCUCAUAGUCCUCCUCAGGGGGAGGACUUUCAGUCUCCUCUUCAGAUUCCUCAGAGCCUUCCUGAGUGGGAGGACUCCCUGUCUCCUCUCCAUUUUCCUCAUAGUCCUCCUCAGGGGGAGGACUUCCAGUCUUCUCUCCAGAGUCCUGUAAGCAUCUGCUCCUCCUCCACUUCAUUGAGUGUUCCCCAGAGUUUCCCUGAGAGUCCUCAGAGCCCUCCUGAGGGGCCUGCCCAGUCUCCUCUCUAUAUUCCUCAGAGCCUUCCUGAGGGGAGGGAUUCCCAGUCUCCUGUCCAGAGACCUCAGAGUCCUCCUGAGGGAGAGGUUUCCCUGUCUCCUCUCUACAUUCCUCAGAGUCCUCCUGAGGGGGAGGACUCCCUGUCUUCUCUCCAGUUUCCUCAUAGUCCUCCUACUCCUCAGAGUCCUCCUGAGUGGGAGGUCUCCUUGUCUCCUCUCCGCUUUCCUCACAGUCCUCCUCAGAGGGAGGACUCCCAGUCUUCUCUCCAGAGUCCUGUGAUUAUCUCCUCCUCCUCCACUUCACUGAGUCUUCCCCAGGAUUUCCCUGAGGAACCUCAGAGACCCCCUGAGGGGCCUGCUCAGUCUCCUCUCCAGAGACCUCUCAGGUCUUUCUUCUACACUUUAGCGAGUCUUCUGCAGAGUCCCCAUGGGAGUCCUCAGAGUCCGCCUGAGGGGCCUGCCCAGUCUCCACUCCAGAGACCUGUCAGCUCCUUCUCAUCCACUUCACUGAGUCUUUCCCAGAGUUCUCCUGAGAGUCCUGAGAGUCCUCCUGAGGGGCCUGCGCAGUCUCCUCUCCAGAGUCCUGUGAGCUGCUCCUCCUCCACUUCACUGAGUCUUUCCCACAGUUCCCCUGAGAGUCCUCAGAGUCCUCCUGAGGGGUCUGCCCAGUCUCCUCUCCAGAGUGCUGUGAGCUCCUCCUCCUCCUCCACUUCUUUGAGCCCAUUCAGUGAAGAGUCCAGCAGCCCGGUAGAUGAAGAUACAAGCACCUCAGACACCUUGCUAGAGAGCGAGUCCUUGACAGACAGUGAGUCCUUGAUAGAGAGCGAGCCCUUGUUCACUUAUACAUUGGAUGAAAAGGUGGACGAGUUGGUGCGGUUUCUUCUCCUCAAAUAUCGAGCGAAGCAGCCUGUCACAAAGGCAGGUGGUGACGAUGUCAGAAGGUACAGGGGCUACUUUCCUAUGAUCUUCAGGAAAGCCCGUGAGUUCAUAGAGAUUCUUUUUGCGAUUUCCCUGAGAGAGGUGGACCCUGAGGACGUCCUACCUCUUGUAAACACAUUAGAGCUCAGCUGUGAGGGGAGUGUGAGUGAUGAGCAGGGCGUGCCCCAGAACCACCUCUUGUUUCUUGUUCUGAGUAUCAUCUUCAUGAAGGGCACCUGUGGCUCUGAGGAGAUCAUCUGGGAUGUGCUGAGUGGAAUAGGGUGUGUGCUGGGAGGGAGCCACUUUAUCCUUUUGGGGACGCCCAGGGAGCUCCUCACUAAAGUUUGGGUGCAGGAACAUUACCUAGAGUACCGGGAGGUGCCCAACACUGCUCCUCCACGUUACGAAUUCCUGUGGGGUCCAAGAGCUCAUUCAGAAAUCCAGUAAGAGGAAGAGUUAGUGGAGUUUUUGGCCCAUGCCUCACAAUACCGGCCCGUAUUUCCUUUCACGCACCCUCCGUACACAAGGGAGGCUUUGAAAGAUGUGGGAAGAGAGAGCCAGGCCAUAAUUGACACCACCAGAGACUCCACUGCCACAGACAGUGCAAGCUCCAGUGUCGUAUCUCCCCAGGCCUCUUCUUUGAGUGAGAAGUCUGGGGCUAGCAUCUCUUCCCUCCUGAGUUUGAAAGAGGGCGGUCAGUUUCCACCGUGGUGGAGGAGGCCCGGCUGA